AGGUCAACUGUAGGUGGCCGCACCUAGGAGGAGGAGUCACGUCAUUGAGGUGGUUCCCUAACAACAUCUCUAAGAUAUUUUAGUAAUCUAAUGCGACAUUCUGGGUGUAAUAUUCAGGCUACAAGAUACAAUGAGUCUCUCUGGGGGAAGAGAGGAGGAGGAGGGGGCGACGGACUUUAAGAUGAGUCUCUCUGGGGAACGUGACACUGACAGUGUGGACCAUGGUGGAGAGUGCUGUUCGAAAUCCGAUCUUAAGAAAUAUGCCUCUGAUCUCACACUGGACCCAAACACAGCAUUCAGAGAGCUUACUCUGUCUGAGCAGAACAGGAAGGUGACAAAGGUGAGAGACGAGCAGCCGUAUGCUGAUCACCCAGAGAGAUUUGACUUCUGCAGACAGGUGCUUUGUAGAGAGGGUCUGACUGGGCGCUGUUACUGGGAGGUAGAGUGGAGUGGGGAAGGGGCUGAUAUAGCAGUGACAUAUAAAGGAAUCAACAGGAUAGGUGAUGGUAAUGACUGUGAUCUUGGAUUCAAUAUCAAGUCCUGGAGUGUGCACUGCUCUGAUGAUGGUUACAAUGCCUGGCACAAUGACGAGAGUAUUGCCAUACCUGUCCCCUCCUCCUCCCACUCAAACAGAGUAGGAGUGUAUCUGGACUGGCCCGCUGGCACUCUGUCCUUCUACAGCGUCUCCUCUGAUGCACUGAUCCGCGUGCACACAUUCCACUCCACAUUCACUGAGCCUCUCUACCCAGGAUUUGGGAUUUGGGCGACUGGCUCCUCAGUGACCCUGUGUCAGGUAGAAUAGCCUCCUGUUUCCUGGAGGAACAUCAGGGAAGUCACACUCCAGUUCAAACACCUGUAAGCAUGACAGAACACACACUUUCA